UUUAGGGUUUUGUUGUCACCCUUUCCUGGAGUCACACAUUUUCCAGCUCCGUGUCUCUCGCGGGUUGUAGUCGUCGGAGCUCGUCCGAACAUUCAACUGUGAUAGCGAAAGGCUUCCGACAAACAAACAACAAUGGCGCUGUCGACAAUGGCGCUGUCGACGAAGGAGUCGGACAUUCAGAUGAUGUUGGCCGCCGAAGUCCACCUCGGCACCAAAAACUGCGACUUUCAGAUGGAGCGCUAUGUCUUCAAGCGCCGCAAUGAUGGAAUUUACAUCAUUAAUCUUGGAAAAACAUGGGAAAAACUUCAAAUGGCUGCUAGGGUAAUUGUUGCAAUCCAGAAUCCUCAAGAUAUUGUUGUGCAGUCUGCUAGGCCUUAUGGUCAGAGAGCAGUGUUGAAGUUUGCCCAGUACACUGGAGCUCAUGCCAUUGCUGGUCGUCAUACCCCUGGUACUUUUACCAAUCAACUUCAGACAUCCUACAAUGAGCCACGUUUGCUCAUUCUUACUGAUCCAAGAACUGAUCACCAGCCCAUCAAGGAAGCUGCCCUUGGCAAUAUCCCCACCAUUGCUUUUUGUGACACGGAUUCUCCAAUGAACUAUGUUGAUAUUGGAAUCCCUGCCAAUAACAAAGGGAAGCACAGCAUUGGUCUUCUUUUCUGGCUUUUAGCAAGGAUGGUUCUUCAGAUGCGUGGAACUAUUCCUGCUGGCCCCAAGUGGAAUGUUAUGCCGGAUCUCUUCUUCUACAGGGAGCCUGAAGAGGCCAAGGAAAAUCAAGAAGAGGAAGUGCCAGCUCUCCCAGAAUAUCCAGAGUAUGGUGCCACCCUUGGUGGUGACUGGUCAAGUAGCCAAAUUCCCGAGGCACAAUGGUCUGCAGAUGUACCACCCCCUGUUCCUGCAGCUGCUGGUGAAUGGUCUGCUGAUGCCGGUGCUGUUGGAGGAUGGGAUAGUGCAGUUGCCCCUCCGGUGCAACUCUCUGGUGAAACAGAAGUUCCUGCGAUUGUGCCUGCAGGCUGGGAUCAGUAGUUCCGAAAGAAUUUGAUACUUUGAACUCCCAUUAUUUAUGAAAUUUUUGCUUUGGUGUUUAGACAAAAACCAGAAAAAUUGUUUGUUUAAAGAUGCUUUAAUUUCGUAUUUAUGAAACUUUUGCUUUGGUGUUGUUUUGUGGAA